GAGAGAGAGAGGGAGGAAAAAUGUGUGUUUCUCAUUAGAUAUAUCAGUCUUCAGUUCUCUCUUUUGUGCACGCUUCCUACAUGGACACCUGAUAUACAGCAUUGGAACAGAUGACGUUUUUCCUCUUGUUAGAAUCUCCUUGUUAAUGUAAAGAGAAGGAGGUCUGAAAAAAGCAACCAUGGGAAAAGGAUAUUACAUCAGCAAACCGCUGGCCAUAACAGUUGUGCUGCUUGCUGCUGUGGCUAUAAUCACCAUAAUCGCACUAUCAAUCGUUUACUCUAAAGAAAAGGCCAAAAAUGAACUCAAGCUCAACAACGGGACUACAUCACCAGUCCCCCCUACAAAACCACCAUCCAAUGAACCCUGGGACAAAUACAGACUUCCUGACAAGUUGUCUCCUAUAUAUUACAAUGUCACACUGUGGCCUCAGCUCACCAUGGACAGCCAAGGCAUGUACAUUUUCACUGGUGAAUCUGGAGUGGCUUUUACAUGUGUCAGAGAGACAGAUUUGAUCCUGAUCCACUGCCACAAACUGAACUUGACUUUUUUUGAGGGGAGGCAUGCAAAGCUAAUCGGAAUGAAUAACACCAAGGCUCCAGCCAUUAGAAAAACCUGGUUCCAAGAGGAAACCCAGUACUUAGUGAUCCAACUAAAGGGGACACUAAAGCCAGGAAUGGUCUACUGGCUUUAUGCAGAGUUCAGAGGAGAGCUGGCUGAUGAUCUGGAAGGCUUCUACAGGAGUGAGUACGAGGAGGAUGGUGUUAAAAAAGUGCUUGCCAUCACUCAAAUGCAGGCCACAUCUGCUAGAAAAGCUUUUCCCUGCUUUGAUGAGCCGGCCAUGAAGGCCAUAUUUCAGAUCACUCUCAUUCAUAUGCCUGGAACCAUUGCUCUAUCAAACAGUCGAGAUUUAGGUUCAGAAAGCCUUAAAAUGAGAGACCAGGAUGUUAUUAGGACUAGAUUUGAGCCCACAAAGAGGAUGUCAACGUAUCUUGUUGCUUUCAUUGUUUGUGAAUUUACAUACACCAGCAAACAAAAAGAUGACAUGGAUGUGAUGGUUCGUAUAUGGGCAAGAAAAAACGCCAUUGAAGAAGGCCAGGGAGACUACGCCCUUCGCAUCACACAGCCAAUACUAGAGUUUUUUGAGAAGUAUUAUAAUACUUCAUAUCCUCUGUCUAAAUCAGACCAGAUUGCACUUCCUGACUUCAAUGCUGGAGCCAUGGAGAACUGGGGACUCAUCACUUACAGAGAGACAGCACUUCUUUUUGAUCCCCAAACCUCAGCCAAUGGCAACAAACAGAGGAUUGUAACUGUGGUGGCUCACGAGCUCGCUCAUAUGUGGUUUGGUAAUCUUGUGACGCUAAAAUGGUGGAAUGAUCUGUGGCUGAAUGAAGGGUUUGCGUCAUACGUGGAGUACCUUGGUGCAGACUACGCAGAGCCAACAUGGAACAUGAAAGACCAGAUCGUACUAUAUGAUAUUUACCGUGCGUUUGCAGUGGACAGCCUGGUGUCCUCUCACCCUCUGUCCUGCAAUGAGGAGGAAGUCAAUACACCAGCAGAAAUCACCCAAAUGUUCGACACCAUCUCUUACAGCAAGGGGGCUGCAGUGCUCAGGAUGCUCUCUCAGUUCCUCACUGAGCCUGUCUUUGUCAAAGGACUUAGUACAUAUCUAAAUCAGUUUGCUUUUGCAAGCUCUACAUAUUCUGACCUUUGGGAUCAUCUUCAGAAGGCAGUUGAUAAAACCCCGAGUCUGAAAUUGCAGCACAGCGUCCAUGACAUCAUGAACCGCUGGAUUCUUCAAAUGGGUUUCCCAGUCAUCACCAUUGACACCCAAAUUGGGAACGUGAGCCAGAAGCACUUUCUGCUGGAGCCGAACUCAGUGGUAGAGCGACCAUCACCAUUCAAUUAUGAGUGGUAUGUUCCAAUCAAAUGGAUGAAGAGUGGUGUAGAACAGGAGCAACUCUGGCUUUUUCAAAAAUCAGCUACGUAUAAACCCCUAAAAGCCAGGAAAGGGGAAUGGGUUUUGGCAAAUCUAAAUGUUUCAGGUUACUACAGGGUCAAUUAUGACCUUGAGAACUGGGAAGCACUCCUUAAUCAGCUGACAACCAACCACCAGAAAAUACCAGUGAUUAAUCGAGCCCAAAUUCUGGAUGAUGCCUUUACACUAGCAAGGGCAUCCAUCAUAAACAUAAACCUUGCUCUAAGAGUGACUAAAUACCUGUCAAAGGAGAGAGAAUACAUUCCAUGGGAAGCAGCUCUCAGAAGCCUCAACUCAUUAUUUAACGUGUUUGAACGCAAUGAGGUUUAUGGACCAAUGCAGGCCUAUUUACGAAAACAAGUCAAGCCUUUGUUUGAUCAUUUUACUUCAGUUACUUCAAACUGGACGACUGUGCCUGCAGGCCACACUGAUCAAUUCACACAGAUCAUCGCACUGUCGCUGGCGUGCAGUACAGGAGUACAGGGAUGUAGAGAUCUCACCAAGCACUGGUUUAGCCAGUGGAUGCAGGAUCCUGAACACAAUAGGAUUCACCCGAACCUGAGGUCGACGGUGUACUGCAAUGCUGUGGCUGAAGGAGGAGUGGAGGAAUGGGACUUUUGUUGGAAGAUGUUUAAGAAGGCUACAGUAGCAGCUGAGGCGGUCAAACUGAGAUCAGCUUUAUCUUGCACCAACCAGCCAUGGCUGCUUAACAGGUUCCUUGAAUACACUCUGGAUCCUGAAAAGAUUCGCAAACAGGACGCAACCUCAACAAUAGGAUCGAUUGCCUACAACGUAGUCGGACAACCUCUGGCUUGGGAUUUUAUCAGAUCGAGAUGGGAGUACCUUUUUAAAGUGUAUGGAACGGGAUCGUUCGGCUUCGCCAGGUUGAUAAAUGAUAUCACUGCCAAAUUUUGCACCCCGUUUGAGUUACAUCAGUUAAAACAAUUCCAAAAGGACAACGCGGACGUGGGCUUUGGCUCGGCCUCAAAGGCUCUGCAGCAGGCUAUUGAGAAGACAACGGCCAGAAUCAAAUGGCUGGCAGAGAAUAAGGAGCCAGUUCUCAAGUGGUUCUUGUCUGAGACAAUGUGAACUGCACAGGACCGAUUCACCUCAAUAGCCUUAAAAACUACGGUCAUGACAUUUACAGGAGGGGAAUUCAUGGAUCUUCAUAUUGGCAUGAACAUACAGAUAUAUCAGCAUAUUCACAGCCAUUCAGGAUACAUUCCAGUCAUAUUAGUAAAGGCAGCUAGUAUUAAUGGGCUAGCAGAGAUAAGCCCUAUUCUUUCAAUAUUAAAAAUACAUUACUAUAGGUUUCUUUUUCCCUACACAUCAGAUUAUAUGAUGUCAACCCCAUAGAGCAUUACAAAUACUAAACCACAAAUGGCAGUGAAAGCUCAGUGGUUGAGAUGCUCAGUGGUUGAGAUGCUCAGUGUUUAAAAGGUUGAAAUAAUAAUUGUAAUAUUGUGAGUUUUAAAUCCCAGGGCCACCAAGCUGCCACUGUUGGGCCCUAGUAAAAGGCCCUUAAUCCUCCAAUGCUCAGAUUUAUAAUAGAGAUAAAAAUUGUAAGUCACUCUGGAUAAGGCUGUCUACCAAAAUUAAUUCAUUAAUGCAAAUGCACAUGUGCCUUUAAGUAAGUGUGGGUAUUUUUAAUAGUUCACAUCACAUCCUUCUUAUGCAUUGAUUAGAUCUAUAAUUUAUUAGAUUUGACUUGACAGCACUGUCCUUGUUUCAACCAUAAAUGCAACUCCAUCACAAAGACUGUGAAGCACUGUGUAUUUCACACUGCAAAAAAAGGAAAUCAUUAAAUGAAGCUCUUACAAGCCUGUAAAAUAAUUGCUAUUUUUGAAAAAAAAAUAUUCACUCAGAUAAUGGAGUCACUUGUGCUGCGUUUCAUGAGAUGCCCGCAAAAUGAGUAAGAAUACAUGAGAACACAUUGCUGAAUACUUCUAAAUGAGCAAUAUUUCUUGUUCUUUGUAUUUAACUGGAAGUUCAUCAUAGUCUACCAUUUGAUUAUUUUUUUUGCACAACAAUAAUAUAUGAAGUUUAAAAAGUGGUGCAAAGAGUACAAAGUAUACACAUGUGAGUAAAAAAAUACUAUAGCAGUAAUAUUUCACCUGAGCAAAAGUAUUUGACAUGAAAAUUACUCAAGUACAAUUCAAUGAAAACCACUGGAAUAAUUACUUUACAAACCUAUUUUUACGUAUCUACAAGAGGCACAACUUCUCUGAAAGUAAACCAUAUUUGAACAGUUAUGCUAACUAUCCAAGUGAGCACUGCGGAAGAGAACACCACUUCCUUUAUCAUAACUAAAGAAUGGUAACAUUAGCUGUCUAGCUAACAUGGCCAAAUGCUGUCAGGUUUUCAGUAGCUAGAUUUAGAUAAUGUUAAGUCACAUACACAUUUCUGUAGCAAAACUUAUUUUUUAAUAAGCCGAUUUUUUACUUUUAAGUACUUUUUACGUUUACUUUUCAACAGUAAAACAUGCAAAAAUCACUCAGCUAA